GAGAGCGACCGGGGCACGCGAGCGCACGAGCUGCUGCGAACCAUCUCGGCGGCCGCAGUCGACGCGGCCGGCGCCUCGCUCUGGGUCUUCCCGGAGCUCCCGCCGGAAGGCGCGGCGCCGGAGGCCGCGGAGGAGCCCGUGGAGACCAAGGCGGGCAAGAAGGGUGCCGCCAAGAAGGCUGCCGAGCUGCCGCCCGAGGCGAAAGAGCCCAGCGCGGACGCCCUGGAGCCAGAGUGCACGCCAGACGCGGCCGGGCAGGCACUCCUCGUCUCGCACGCCUGGGGCCAGCCUUGGAACUGGGAGGG